AUGGUCACGUUCCUUCCAGUGUACAUUUCACUCUCUACGAGAGAAAAAGUCAUAUUGAGGAUGUCAAGGACUGGCGGUUUACGCCAUUCAAGAAUUGUAAACUGUUUGUUGUAUUUUAUUUGCAAAGACAAACGCCCCUUCUACAUUAUUGAAGGUAAAGGAUUUAAACUACUAAUGAAGGAAUUGGCUCCUACAUUUAGAAUUCCUUUUUCAUUUAUGAAGAAACAGCUUGAUUUAAACUGCUCUUUCAAUGAAAACAUUGUUCCUAUUAUUACAAAGGUUCAAGCUAUUGUUAAAUACAUAAAAAAUAGUGUUAAUAUGUCCGACAAACUAAGGAAGGUACAAAUAGAGAAUAAUGUCGCUGAAGGAAGUGUAAAGAAGCUGGUAUUGGAUGUAAAAACAAGGCGGAAUUCUACAUACUAUAUGAUCGAAAGAUUUCUUGAGAUUUUAAAAGUAGUAAGUCAAAUUUUAAUUAAUGACGCCUCGAGCCCAGAGAUGCCGAGUGCAAGUGAAGUUGAGACAUUGAGAAAUCUUGAAAGUCUAUUAAAACCUUUCAAGUUUGCUACUACUGAAAUAUCAGGGGAGAAAUAUGUAACUAUUUCUAAAAUAAUUCCAAUGGUAAACUGUAUAACAAAGAGAUUAGAAGAUUUCAAAUUAAAUUAUACCAAAAUUUUGGCUGUUAAGGAAUGGUUGUUGUCUGCAGUUAAUAAGAGAUUUGGAUUGGCUGAGCAAAACUCUAAAAUAGCCAUGUCCACUAUACUAGACCCACGUUUUAAAACCAUUCAUUUUAAGAAUCCAAUUGCGUGCUCUAGAGCAAUAGCAAAAUUAAAAACAUUGUGUGCUGCUGAACAAUCAUCAGAAGAAUCAGAGGAAGAUUUGUCCUCAUCUGAAACUGGCAAGUCAUUUGAUUUUUGGCAAACCCACAAGGAAUUAGCACACGGAAAAAGGAAGAAGAAACAAGGUUAUAGUGGAGAUUCUUCGGAAAUUACCAUGUACUUAGCUAAUCCAGUCAGCCCCUUAAAGUCAAAUCCGAUUGAACAAUGGGACGAAAUGAAAAAUGUUUUCCCUGGCCUCUACAAACAAGCUCAACAGCAUUUAUUGAACAUGGCAACAUCUGUACCAUGUGAAAGGCUGUUUUCAAAAGCUGGUGCUACUAUCACACAAGACAGAAACCGCCUUUCUGGAAAUUAUUUGCAAAAACUUGUGUUUUGGCCGUUUUGGGUAGUGUACCAGACGAUGCUUGGUUCAGUUAAGCAUAUAUUAUAA